UCAUUUCGCAAUGUCAGUCGGUCGUUCGUGAAUUCGUAUUGAAAAGGCCGAAAAUACAAAAUAUAACUAUGAUCUCACCUAAAAAUUAUUCACAACUGUUAAUAUAAUAUCGAAAUAAACUAGUGCUUUAUACAGAACAAAGUUGAAAAAAUGCAGCAAUCACCGUUUGAGAAUAUAUUUAAUAUCAUAGGAGGUUUAUCGGAGGGCAAUGAAAAACCAAUGAAACAUGGCUUUUAUAAUGCUUUUGCGCUGUUUAUAUUAACUGUAUGUUGUGCUGCAGUUUAUGUGUUGUUUCUUAUACUAGAGCCGUUUUUUAAGCCUUUGUUUUGGGCUUUAUUAGUGGGGUCUCUGCUACACCCAUUCAAGUACAAACUAUCAAAGAAACUGAAAUCAUGGUUUGAAGACCUGGAGAAAUCUGACACGUCUAUUGUAUAUGGCCUAAUGGUGAUACCUGUCAACGUUAUCAACUUCGCCUCUGAUACUGUUGGACACCAGUUCAAGGAACAUUAUAAAACUGUGAUUGGUCUACUGUCGGCCAUAUUUGUGUUGCCAUGGCUGUACAACUCGGUACCUCGCAGCUUCUCCUGCCUCUUCUGGCAGUUCUGCAGUUUCAUAAGCUUCUCCACUACAAUGCUCAUAUCUUUAUGCAGCUCUUAUGUUACUCUCACUAUAGCACUAGCUUACUUCAUAAGUGUCUACACACUUUGGUCUCCAGAGAGAGCGGGCAUGUUCAGGACUACAUCACAGUUGCUGUGGCUUGUGAUAACCAGCUUCCUGGCCAGUUUGACUGGGUCCCUCCAAGUAUACACAUUUGUCUUCCUGCAAAUAAUAUGCAUCAGCGGAUUUGCUCUUGAAGUGUUGGAUAUGCAAAAGAAAUUGCAGGUUAAAGAUCCCGACGCCUCUGUAUGGGUAGCAUUGCACCGCGUAAUCACAAACACUCGACAUGAAGUAUUGGAACCGUUAUUAGAGGACAAAUCACAAGAACAAGUCCCACCGUCUGCCAGUGACCAAGACUCCACUCCAGAGAAGGAUACUCCGUCCCCCGUAACCCCUGAUGCAGCCAUUAAAAGGGGAAGUUGGACGGGCAACGACCCCAUACACAGCUCACCGCGACACGCAAAAAUGCUAUACAAAACUAGAACAUUAUCCGCUCUACCUUUAUCAAACCCGAAAACGAAAUCUGCAUUCGAAAAUCGACUCUUAGCCUCUUUUAAACAGAGAUCUUUAGAUGAAAACUACAUGAGAAAUAACUUCGACAAUGACGAUGAAACAGCGUUAUACUUCAAACUUCUAUUCUUUGGGUGCUUCUGUAUGCUUGUAUGGAAACACAUUUGGCUGUUGCCAGUAAUUCUAGUCUUCCUAGCCAUACAUGUUCUCAAGAGAGUGUUAGACUUCUUUGGAGUUUGGUUGUUCUUUGAAAAUCAUUACAAUAACAUUAUGAGCAAAGUUAAAGACUGGUGGAAAGAGAGGCAAUCAGCUUUAAUACCAGCUCACAUACGCGGCAUUAGUAAGAUACUGGCAAUAUGUAACGAACGAGCGAACAAGAUCGCGUUUGACAGCGUAGACACCGUGUCGUCGUGUUUUGUGAUCAUCGGCCUCAUAAUGUUCCUUACUGUCGCUACUAUUUUCAUUUGUAUACAGAUAUACUCAGAAGCAAUAGUAGUGGUGCAGCUGAGUGGCAGUUUGUUGAACAGCACAUUCGUACAAAACAGUGAAUUGCACAAGUAUCUACCUGAAGGUUGGGAGGAAAAACUCGACUCUCUUAUAGAUAACGCUUAUACUUAUGGGAGGGAAGGAAUCUCUACAGGGGUGAAGAGUAUACUAAAAGAAGGCGACCCAGAGAAGAUAGCGCGCGUGGAACAGCAGAUUUUAGAAAUCUGGGACCGCGUGUACCAAAGCUGGGUGUCUGGGCACUUCGCGGCGCAAGUGGGCCCGCAAGUGGAUGGUACCGCCGUACAGGACUCGUGGGACAGCUUCGUCAAUGACGUGACUAACACGCCAGGGAUGUUCGACUACUCAGGCAUAGUGGCGUGGGUGCAAGCUAAUGUGGGCACUCUGUCCGCGAUCGCAACCAGCGUGUGGGCGCCUUUAGCCAGCAACGUGUCGUUACUGGCCGGCUCGCUCGGCGCCUUCACCUCGCUGCUGCUCUGUGGUGGCGGCGCCAUCAUCAACAUGUUCAUCAACUUGGUGGUGUUCUUCACUACAUUGUUCUACCUGCUGGCAUCCAGCAAUGCCCUGUACAAGCCCGUGGAGGUGAUCACACAGAUCCAACCAAACUUCGGGCCUCGACUCGGGAUUGCCCUCUCAGUCGCCAUCAAUCAAGUAUUUAGGGCUUCCUUCAAAAUGGCGUUGUUCUAUGGAUUAUGGACGUGGCUGGUCCACAACCUGUUCGGCGCCAAAGUUGUCUAUUUGCCAUCAGUCCUAGCAGCAGUGCUAGGCGCGGCCCCGUUCCUAGGCCCGUACCUGGCGGGAAUACCAGCAGCCCUAGACGUAUGGCUGCAGGGUCGACCAAUGGCAGCGCUCAUGCUUCCCAUAGCGCAGGCCGCCCCCAUCGCCUUCCUAGACGCUGCGGUGUAUGCUGAGAUUAAAGACGGCGGACAUCCAUACGUGACUGGGUUGGCCAUAGCCGGCGGUAUAUUCUACCUGGGCCCAGAGGGCGCUAUCCUAGGCCCUCUGCUCCUCUGCUGCCUCAUGGUCGUCCUCAACCUCUCCUCGACCUUCCUCAGGGACACUCCCUCAGAGGAACGAGCAGCCCUACACUCGAGAGUCAGACUCGGUGCUUUUCUAUGAAGUGUUGCAUGGACCACUAACAAAUGAGGCAACAAUAUCAUUGUCAAUUCGCUGUAAGCAAUGUACGUAUCGUGAUACUAACUCCGACAUUCAUAAUUAUGUAACAGAAUUGAAACAUACUAAUAGUAUUGUUAUUUUCUAAUGCAACAGCACUGAACCACACACCGGCCACUCCGUACAAAAAUCACAUUCUUACCGUGUGCCGCCUUAUCGCGUAGGUGCGAACGAGACAGACAGUCCGCGCUCCCUCUUACUCCUUAGGGGCUUAUGACUAUUUAUACUAAAGGAAGACCAAGAGGGAGUAAGGGAAAUCUAGCUCAGCUUCUGAUACGAAUUAAUGCGACGCGGAGAGUUACCGUUCUACACACAGUAUUAUUUAUUCUAUGACCGAACGCGACACUAGCGCUCGACCGGGCGCGAGAGCUGAAAGUACUCUACUGAGUACUAAUAGUUUUAAUUGAAUGUUGCGCUGUGAAACGCUGACUAUUGUCAUUAAGGGCAGCGCUAAAGUUGCUUGUAGAAAAUAACAUGCUUGUCUUUGGUUAAGUUGAACAAUGUGGCGAUUUUGUUUUCUUCUUUAAACAUAUAUGGAGUUUCUUCUUGAUCUUUUGAUGGCUCACACCCAGCGUAACUCAGUAAAAAGUUGUAUGUACCUACUAUGGAUAAAGCACUUCAAUUAAUGGUAUAAUAAAGUAUAUUUUUCGGACAUCAUUAUACGGUCUUCCCUGCAAAAUAACAAUAAGAUCUGUCGUAAAUAAUUAUGUCACAAAACACACAGCGUACUUAGCCACUCAGAAGAUAUAGAAGCACCCAGUAGUACAAAUAAGAACAAAAUUCCACAUUGUUUUCAACACUUAACAAGCAUUGAAUAACAACAGAAUAGUCCCUAUGCAUAACCGUUUCAUACAUAGUAAAAAAUGUAAAUCGCAUAACAUCGAAAUAUACCUAUACAUACAUCGCUAAAGAUUGAAAAGUAACAAGGAACAUUUAUUAUUAAGUAGGAGUAUUCAUCAGCUCUUAAACGAGGUAAGAUUUUAAGUACUAGAAUCUACAUUAGGUUCAUUUUAUUCACCAAAUAUAAAUAAUUAACUUAAUAGAAAAGAGAAACAAGUUUGAGGAUUUUCACUCUUCAGCGAAGAUCGAGGUCCUUAUUUUUGAGUCGCUCGCUUUCAACUCGCAUGCAAAAUAUAUCUGUCUCAUCCUGCAAAUGACAAGUUCUGAUGUGCUAAGUGAAAUAGGUAUAUAUUUUCAAACGUGAGUUGAAAGCGAGCGAGGAAAUAGGCCCCAGUUCUGCCUCACAGCUUUAAACAAAACAAUGCGGUGCAGGCACUAAUUAUUAUAAGUAUACUAUGUAUGCGUGCCACAAAAUGUGUACCUUUCCUAUUAUUUUUAAUGGAAAUUUAAUAUUAACAUAUACAUAUAUUAUUAUAUAUAAUAUGAUAUAUAUAUUAUUUACAUUUAUACAAUAAUUUAUUAAUGUGUUACGUCUGUAAGGACGAAUAAAUUUAGCUAAUUAUUAACAAGAAAUUAAAGAAGCUUUAGUACGGGUCACUAAAAUUCCUAUUUAGAUAUAUGUAUUGAAUAUUAUGUGAAAAAUAAACAUUUUGUUAUAUGAGAUUAUUCUUGUGUUUACGUGAAAUAAAUAGGGUUAUUUUAAAAAGCAACAGUAGCAAUAGCAUGGAUGUGAUCAUGUAAAUGAUUUUAUAUUGUGACGUCAUAAUACUAGGUUGAUAUUUGGUUGUAAUUUAUUUGUAGCCAAAUGCCAUAGGUAAUUUGUAAAAGAUAACUAGUUUUGUCAAUCUCAGGCAUAUGCUUCAUAAAUGGACGAUAUCAAAUAUCAUCUAUAUGGUUACUACGCUACAAACCAUCAAAGACACAAAUGCAAUGCAACUAUACAACACCCUGUGAAACGUAACAUGAUGACAACGACAACGACAGCAGGGAGGUUAAAAACGCCACAUCAAAGCAAAACAAAACAUCUACUAAAAACUUCGUCUAUAUGGCCAGUUUACACUUAACAUAAACAGCCUAUAUACGUCCCACUGCUGGGCACAGGCCUCCCCUCAAUCAACCGGAGGGGAUAUGGAGCAUACUCCACCACAGCAGUGGCAGUUUACACUUACCUACUAUUAUUUACUUUAUUUAAAUACAUAAUGGUCUUAAUUUUAUUUUAAGUUAUACCAGUAAAUUUUUAUAUCCGCCGAAAAGAAAAGGGACGGGUAAUCGACAGGCAUACAAUUUGUGCAACACACGUCAAUUUUAGGCUAUAUAAAACAACCCUCUAAAAAUUCGACAUUAGCCAGUAACUCGACAGAAUUAAGUUGGCAGCACACGUCACACGUCAACGGAUUGCAUAUGAGCGAGAUGCCUAUUUUAUUCGCCCGGGUUAUUCAAUCAUUUUAAAAUUAGGACGUGUCUGCAAGAAUCGGAGCCAUUACAAGCCUAUUCAGGCCAACACACACUUAACUUAGCCGUCCUUUUCUUACAAUAAGUGCAAGAAAGAGAUAGAGCUUAUUUUAGUUCUGUCAAAUUAAGUUGGUGGUUGGCCGAAUCGACAUGAAUAUAGGUUUUGUGAUGUUGUUCAUUUAUCACGUUGAGCUAAUAAAAGCGCGGAGAAAUUCAGGUACUUAGUUCCUCGUUCGAUGCCUGUACCUUUGACUAAUAUUUAUUUAUUAUACAUUUAUUGCUAAAUGAGAUCUAAACAAACGACUGAACGCAACUCCUUGCUUACUAGUCUCUCUAUGUUCGUGUCCUAGUUUAUAAGCAAUUUUAAGGCUUUUUAACGUAAAAGUACUUUAUUUACUUAACAAGGUGCUUUUCAAGUAGUUAUAAUUUACGUUUGUGACGUUUAAUAUGGAAUUGGUAAUGUCAGUUGUGUCGUGUUGGCCUAGAAUAAAUAUAUACGUAUAGGCAUAUUUUUUAUACUUGAUCGUCUUUCUGUUGAUGGUUCCGGCCAAGUAUCACAUAAAUAACCGACGAUAAUGUGAAAUGAAUGAUGGUAAAGAACUUUUUAGAGACCUUUUUUCUUAAUUUAAGUUAGUAGGUUUCUGUUUGUUUGGCUUAUACACAUUGUUUGCAACAACCAUUGAGCCAAACCAUUCUUAAUUAAAAAAAAAUAUUAUUUAUAUGGUAACAUUCGUUCCAACCAUUCACUCUCUCUUCAUUUUAAAAUUAUAUCGAAUCAACACGUUCUCUGUAAUAUCUCUUUUGAAAAAAUUAAUAAACCGUGAAAUUGCCGUCACAAACUCUUUUAUUUAUGUCUUUCCUAGACAUAAAUGAUUAUAUUAAAGGUAUCAAUACGAUAGAACUGACAGCAUGGAAGCUCUAAACUUCUUGUAGGUAGAAAAACAUAACCUAAUGGCAUUAGGUCGGUUCAACAGAGCGCUUCCCAGCGAAAGAUUAUAUUUAUAUGCAUAACUAUUAUUUUUACAAAAACAAGCACAUGAAUUUGCAAAAAUCAAAAAUUUACCCAGCAGGGAUUUAAAUAGCUAUUUCUGUUAUGUAUAUGUAAAUUUUACUUUUGCAAUGUGUUAUAACUGAGAAGAGCUCACUUCUAAAGUCUACAUAGAAUGAAUUAAACAUAAUUAAAAAGUAAAAUGCAAUGCGCUGCGCUGUGCUCUGUUUACACUAGCCUAUAAUGCUGCAUUAAAAUGUGGUACUAACUCCAAGCAAAGUUUAUAUUUUUAUAAAUGAUUUGUAAUUGUAUUUUUUAUAUAAUGUAAGUUUUAUUGGCUGAAACAGACCAACUACUGAAAUCGCUAAGUUUUAGCUUGUUAACCAUGUAUGAAAUAUACUCGAGAUUGUUUAAUAUUGUGUGAUAAUAUCUUUUAAUAUAUUUUGUUAUUGUGGACGGUCCUAAUCUUAUUAAAUACAUGUAUUUAUGAAGACAAAUCGAUAGAUUACGAAAAUUAAAACGAGAUGUAUAUUGUACGUUUUUGAAUCUAUAAAGUCGCAAAAAUAUUCUGGUAGUAAUGUAAUAAAGUAAUAAAUCGUUGGCAGCCAUGUGAUAUGUAUCGAUGGCGACAAAGAAUAUACUAAAACCCAUAAUAUAUUAUAAUUGUACUUAAAAGCCCUUACCAGUUGCAGGAAAUCGUCCAAAGAUUGUUUUAGAUUUGUAUACAUAUUAUAUUGCAGGCGAUUAUGAUUAGUUGUAUGACUAACGCAUGUACGCAGUGUCAGGUAAAUGAAAUAAAUAUCAUUAUUUGCUUUUA